AGCGGGGUGCACGCCAGAUCCGGGGUCCCCCUAUCCAGGCCAGGAGGCUCACCCACCCUCUCAAUGGAUGGGCUCGGUAAAGCCAAUCUGGGGUCUGCUCAAUGCAAGGAGAUAAACAGCGUGCAAUGCUCCCCAGGCUGCAGAAAGCGGGGUGCACGCCAGAUUCGGGGUCCCCUUGUCCAGGGCAGGAGGCUCACCCACCCUCUCAAUGGAUGGGCUCGGUCGGCCCCCGCCGCCGCCGCGCCCCCCGCCGCCGGAGGAGAAGGGGGCGGCCCCCCCCCACCGCCCCCCAACCUCACCAGCAACCGGAGGCUGCAGCAGACCCAGGCCCAGGUGGACGAGGUGGUUGACAUCAUGCGGGUGAACGUGGACAAGGUGCUGGAGCGGGACCAGAAGCUGUCGGAGCUGGACGACCGAGCCGACGCCCUGCAGGCCGGCGCCUCCCAGUUCGAGACCAGCGCCGCCAAGCUGAAGCGCAAGUACUGGUGGAAGAACCUCAAGAUGAUGAUUAUCCUGGGGGUGAUAUGCGCCAUCAUCCUGAUCAUUAUCAUUGUUUACUUCAGCACUUAAUGGACAUUCGGAAGCCAAAGCCCCCCUCCCUCCCCCCAAAGGAGCUGCAGCCGGGAGAGGCGCGAGGGGCUGCGACCCUCCCCUCCCAUGAUCUCAGCCAUAUCUUCCAGCCCCGGUCCCCUU